AUGUCUUCAGGUUCAGCUGCAUUCAGGGCGGCCGCGGUAGCGGCGGUACUAUCCAUGCUGGUUCUACCUUCCUUGGGCCGCUGUCCGUCGCUAGGACCGGCACCACCACCGCCUGCGCUGGAGACACCGCCACCACCACCGCCGCCUGCGCUGGAGACACCACCACCGCCGCCUGCGCCGGUGACACCACCGGCCCUCGCACCUGCGCCUGGGCCGGCACCGCAGGUAUCAUGCAGCGAGUGCCGCGCCCCUCUCGUCCCGGCAUGUCAGUCGAACUGCAUCGCCACUGUGACCGCGGGAUGCAAUGCGACGUGCAGCCCCCAGAACCAGACGGUCUGCGACGAGUGCCGGGCGAUGAAUAGCAAUUGCACGGCCUGCUGCAACGACGGAACCUGUAGCUGCGACUGCAAAGCCGCCGGCGACUUCGACUGCCGCGGCCGCUGCUACGUCCAAUACACAGGAUGCAACUACUGCAACACGUCGGGAAUGAAUCGCUGCAUGUCCGACUGCCUCAGCCCCUGCGAUGCCACCUGCGCGAGGGAUCCAUUAUACAACUAG